GACAUUUCAAGUGUCGGACGCAUGACGCCAGAGGGCUGCUAGAGUCUGAGCCAAUCACAACGUUCAGAACGACUGACGCACAUACGUCAUGAACUUGCAGGCCUACGUGACGCGCGAGUCGUGAAUCAACUGAUGCUGUGUGUAAAUGAAAUCUUUACGUGAUUUCCUAAGAUUUCCACGCCGCGAAAUGUAUGAAGAAAUGUCAGUAGAAAGAAACUGGACGGACACCGAGACGAGGGCGCUGCUGUACAUCCGACAGGACGAAGAAAUCAGUAGGCAAAUCAGCGGAACGGUUCGCGACUCUCUUAUUUACGCUGAAAUCUCAAGGCUUCUCAAGGCGCAAGGGAUCCACAGAACCAAGCGACAGGUCACCACCAAACUGAAAACACUCAAGCAGAAGUUCCUGAAAAUACUCGAGCAUCACAAAAACAACGGGCACGGCAGAGUGUACUGGAAUUAUUAUGAUCUCUGCAAGUCCAUUUGGGGCAGCAACCGCCCCGCGGACGCGUUGACGCUUCACAACAACGUGAAACUCGAAGAGCCCCAGAGUACGUCCAUCGAGGACACGCGAAAUGAGAGCAGAUCCACUGACAUCGAGGUGUCAGUCAGUCACGACGAGGAGACGGAUGACACGGCAGACGUGGUCGCUCAACCUGUGAGGAAGAAGGCCAAAAAACAUUCCAUUACCGACUCUGUGAGAGAUCAAGAACCUCUCCACGUGCAGAACCAGAGGGAGUAUGAGGAACACUUGCGAAGGGAAGCCAGAGAGGAACAGAAGGAGGAACGGGCGAGUCUGAUGGCCAUGUGGAAGGAGAUGAUGGAGUUUCAAGGGAACCUCUUAAAGGAGUUCAUACACCGCCCAUCUCUGCCUUCACAUCCAUCUUACCACAGACAUGCUCUUCACAACCAAGCACGCUCUAGUUUUCCAAGCACUAGCUACAUGCCACUGUACAACUCGCCAGGAGCUGAAACUGAGAAUGAAAGUGCAAUCUCACAUGAAGAAGAGGAGGAGGAGGAGGAGGAAGAGAAAUACAUUAUUCCAGCUGAGAUUGCACCUGUGUUGGACAUUCAGCCUGUUAACCGUGCGAACGACAGCCAAUCAAACACAGCAGAGACUGUUUCUCCCCCGCCUACACAAUCAGCAGGAAAGAGCGAUCUGGAGAUGUCUGUGCUACGCAGACAGGAAAGAGUCUUACAGCUUCAGGAAGAGUACUAUUCACUCAAAAUCAACUAUCUGAAACACAAGAUGGCCAAGGAUCCAUGACAGAAUGCUAAAGAGGAGUGUUAAAUUUGCUCAUUUUUAUGGCAGUUUACUAGCAGUUGUUUGCAAAAUUGUCUCCAUUUUCUCCACUAAACGUUACUGGUCUUAUUAUAAGUGAUUCAUUAGUUUGUUGUGUAACAAUCAAUCACACAAUUAUGUCUUGCUUUAUCUUUUAUGUUCCCAUUUAAGGUUCUGUUUUGCACAAUAUAGCAGUAAAAUGGGUUGCAAAUGCAGUUUAAUGUUGACAAUAGGAACUACCGUGAGCUAGAUGUUACACUUCUAAUGUGGAGUAUGUCCGUUACCAUUAUUUUUCAUUAAAUGAAUGAAAACCAGCGAGGAGUCAGAAACAUAGUAUUCAAAAUACUAAAUCAAAAGCAAAAGUCUUUUUCAAAGAAUUGUUUAAAGCAGGGAUUCCCAAACUAUUUAGUCCGUCAAACCCCCUUUGAACUAAAAUAUUUU